AUGGGUGACAGAAGGAAAUCGAAACGGACUCGUUCAAAAGCCUUGAAGGAAAUGAGGUUGAAAGAAGAUGCGAUAAGCGAAUUACCUGAUCCUCUGAUAUGUCAGAUACUUUGUCAUCUUCCCACAAAGGAAGCCGUGAGAACAAGCGUUCUAUCCACCAGAUGGAAGACUCUCUGGCUAUGGAUUCCUCGUUUAAACUUGAGUUUCGGGGACAGGUUCUUCGAUUCCACUAGGGCUUCAUGCCUAGACGAAUUCCAGGUACACAUUGGUAAACAUAACGACAAGGUAGAGGUUGUUACCUCUCGUCUCGCGUCAUGGAUUGAUGCUGCCGCUAAGCGUAAGAUCCAACAUCUUAGUGUUAGGUUUCUUUCGAAUACCCAUAAGAAGAUGCCUUCAAGCCUUUACAACUGUGAGAAGCUAGUAUCUUUAGACCUACACACGGUGGACUUGGCUAAUGGCGAGUUUGUUUCUUUACCUUGUCUCAAGACUCUGUAUUUGACUGAUAACUUGUAUCCCAAUGAGGAAACUUUCGAGAGACUCGUCUCGUCCAGCCCUGUCCUUGAGGAGUUAGUGAUUCACGGAGAUUUUGAAUCUGAUGCAAUAGUCUUCCGGGUGCGCUCUGUGUCUUUGAAGAGCCUAAUUGUAAGUAAGUUUUUGUUUGAUCGGCGUGUUCGUGGUUUAGGAGUUGUGAUUGAUGCUCCUCGGCUAUGCUUCUUGAGAGUCGAUGAUAGCUGUUCAGAGAGUUAUAAAAUAGCCAAAGUGGAUUCCUCACUUCUCAAGUUGGAUCUUUCUCUUGGGAGUUAUGGUAUAAGGACCAUGGAUCUUUGUUACACAAGGUUGGCAUCAGCGGUACGUAGAUUUCGUGGUUUUGUUCCUGUCAUGUCAAAGGUUAGGGAUAUGACAUUGUCGGCGCAAAUGUUCGAGGUUUUGUAUGAAUACUCGAGAUCAGAACCGCUGUCUCGGUUUGGUUACAUGUCCAGCCUGCAUCUCCGUCUAUGUGUGCCCCAGUAUCAGUUGUUACCAACCGUUCUUGAGAGCUUCCCAAACUUGAAAUCACUCGUUCUGGCAUGCAGAGAUGUCUAUUACCAGGUAUGCAGAGAUUUCUUUAACAUAGAGGAUGAAGUCUGCUUUUCAUCUGUGCCCGAGUGUUUGCUAUCAUCUCUCGAGUUUGUCGAUUUCAAAGAUCCGGUCGAGGGAUAUCCUGCUGAAAUGAAGCUGGUUAAAUACUUGCUCAAGAAUUCUGCUGUCCUCAAGAAGCUCACUCUACGUUUGGAGGAAUCUAGUUCAGCAAAAGAUGAGAUCUUCAAGAAACUCCUCAAGAUCACAAGAGGCUCUACCCAAUGUAAAGUCGACAUACUCUUGGUGAAGAAGAGGAAACAGAGUGAAGAAGUUGUUUAG